GAGAGAGGCCAACAGUACCAUACUCACUGUGCCAAUGCUUGUAAAGUUGUUUGAGCUCCAAAAUGGUAAUACAUCAAGGAUUCGUGAUCAUCGUGAAAAUGUGCAGGAAAAACUUCAUCAACCAUUGGCAAGGGUAGCUGUUGGCUCACAACUAGUCCUUUGUCGAGUGUAAGGAUCGUGCAGCAGGCCAAGCAGAAAGACAAGUCAAUCAAGUUGAGCCACCCGAUUGAGAAACGUGCCCGCCCAUGGUCGGGUAAAUGAGUGCCCCCUGACUUACCCCACCCACUGAGUGACGCCCCAGUGGCCCUCACGCCCCGCUCUCACCAUCGCGCCCGCCAUGAAACGCGUGGAUGAGGCGAGGGUCAUCAAAAUCGCCGAGAACAGCUCGGUUUCAACCCAACCCAUCACCAUUCCCAACCCGGCCCAAGUGAUGGCGGCCGCGGCGGCCGCUGCCGCAGCUUCUUCCAGUGGUGGAGGGCCUGGGGCACCGCCUCCAAGUUCGGGCGGUGGGACUAGCAUCUUCCCCACCCGCCCCAUUCCCAUCAGUAUCAGUGAAAUGACAUCUAGCGCCGUAACGGUAGGCGCCACUUCUGCUCCUACGUCGCUAUCCGUGCCCGCCACGGUGAUUCAGGCCAGUUCGGCUGCUAAUUUCACGCGCGUCUUGCACGGACCUCCGGGUGCGGGUGGCGCUAGCGGCGUGUCGGUGUAUCGGAGCACGGGUGAUGGCAGCGUGGCCAUCUCGCCAGCGCCGCCCGUGGCUCACAGCACAGUGGCCGUCACACUACCGGCUCAGCCGUCUUUACAGCAACAUGCCGUGUCUAUGAAUCCGGGCUUAACGCAGCCCGCCAGCAAUAUCAAGCCGGAUAUUGUUCUGCCUUCGGCCCCCGUGAGUGUACAGUAUGCCACCACCUCUUACUCCAUUCAACCUGUGAAAAGCACCACGUCGAAUGUGCAAUCGGCCGGAGUUAGUGCCGCCCAUGCAAUAGUCAGUAACUUACAGCAUGCCACGCAGGCCCAUCACCCGCAGUUUCUACAUCAAAAGGCCCCUCAUCCUGCGGGCAAUUACGUCAAUACGUUACGCGCUCUGCCCGCCAACCCCAUGCCCAACUUGACGGUGGCCACGACGCUCAAUGCGCCGGUCCAGAUCACGGCCACUUCCCUCCCGAGUUCGCUCGCUAGCACGAACAGCACUAACCACCAUGCCGUUAGCCUCACCACCUCGGGCAAUCGAGGAGACUCUGGCAAUUCCCAGUUCCAGCGGCUGAAGGUCGAAGACGCCCUAUCUUAUUUAGACCAAGUCAAAUUCAAGUUUGGUAAUCAGCCGCAGGUGUAUAACGAUUUUCUCGACAUCAUGAAAGAGUUCAAGAGUCAAAGCAUCGACACACCCGGCGUGAUUGCCAGAGUCUCGUCUCUAUUCAAAGGCCAUCCCCAGCUUAUUGUUGGGUUCAACACUUUCUUGCCUCCAGGCUACAAGAUUGAGGUCCAGCAGCGAAGCGAGUCAGGUAUUGUGGUAAACUUACCCGGUGGAAUAGGUCACAGCGGUGGCAGUUUGCAGACUAUCGUACACACGCCUCAAGGGGUUCAUACAAUGGGUCCCCACGGUCAUAUGAGUGUUAUUCCAGUCACCCCGUCGUCCGCACCUGGUGGUGCCAACAUUCGACCCGUAGCCAUGCCCGCCAUUCAACAGAGUCCUGUGUCCCAAGCUGUGACCACUUGCCCAAGUCAACCGGGAGCUACUACAGUUGUGCCGAAAUUCAAUCCCAUUAAGUCGGAAGUUCCUCAGGGUCUCCAACUCCCUCAACAGCCCACACCAGCUCAUGCACAGCAAGCUAAUGUUACAUACGUGUCCGGGGGAGCAGGGCCCAGGCCUGAGCCGCACAUUCUAUCGCAGCCCAAUUCGCAUCAUCCAUCUCAUCCUGGUCUGCCUUCGACUCCCGUGAGUGGGGGCCCUUUGCCUGGCUCUCAUCCAGUCUUGCACAAUAACAGCGGCCUUCUCAAUGCCCAAACGGCAUCGGUAGCCAACAGCCAACCUGUUGAGUUCAAUCAUGCCAUUAACUACGUUAACAAAAUCAAGCACCGAUUCCAUGGACAGCCCGACGUGUACAAGCAAUUUUUGGAAAUCCUUCAUACGUAUCAGAAGGACCAAAAACUAAUUAAAGAAGGUGGUACUCCUCAAGGUAAAUAUCUUACUGAGAGCGAGGUCUAUGCUCAAGUAUCCAAGUUGUUCCACAAUCAAGAUGAUUUACUCAGUGAAUUUGGACAAUUUCUGCCGGAAGCCACGGGUGAAUCCGGGCAAGGUGGCCUUCUCGGAGGCAAGAGUAAAAAACCUGGUGUGAAGUUUGGUAUGAGUCAGCCCAAUCAAAUACCUGGCCCACCUGGUUUGAAGUACAGCAAUGGUUCUAACAAACGCCCACCUACCGGCUUGGCACAUCCCCCGCCUAAAAAGAUCAAAUCUGGCGCCCUUCGGGAUGUGACGUUGAGUGAAGCAGGGAAAUACGGAACACUCAAUGAAUAUGCCUUCUUCGAUAAGGUACGAAAAGCCCUACGCAACCCCGAUGUAUAUGAGAACUUCCUCCGAUGUCUCGUCUUGUUCAACCAAGAAGUGAUUUCCCGCCAAGAAGUCGUGCAACUUACUUCGCCAUUCCUGGGAAAACAUCCCGACUUGUUUAAGUGGUUUAAGGAAUUUGUGGGUUGCAAAGAUGGCUCAAGUGGCAACGGAGGUGGCUUAUCUGGCAUGGAUACGUCUAACAACUUGUCACAACCCCCGAUGGGUCGUGAGCGAAUGUCUGGCGAUUCUGCAAUGGAAAUUGAUUAUGCCACGUGCAAGCGCCUAGGUGCCAGCUAUUGUGCGGUUCCUAAGAAUUUCAUUCAUCCCAGAUGUACUGGAAGAACGCAGCUGUGCAAAGAAGUUUUGAAUAUAACAUGGGUUUCCUUCCCAUCAUUCUCUGAGGACUCUCAGUUCGUCACCUCGAGGAAGACUCAAUUCGAAGAGUUCAUCUAUCGCACCGAGGACGAGCGAUUCGAGUUUGAUGUCGUUUUGGAAACCAAUCGAGACACGAUCAAAGUCCUGGAGUGUGUUUUGAAGAAAAUGAACCGUAUGCCCCCAGAGGAGGCAGCCCGAUACAAGCUGGAUGAUGGACUUGGAGGUUCGUCGAACACUAUUCAUCAGCGAGCUAUUCGACGGAUCUACGGGGACAAAGCGGCGGAUAUCAUCGAGGGGCUGAAGCGAAAUCCCGUGGUAGCUGUUCCAUUAGUUUUGCGCAGACUUAAGGCCAAGGACGAAGAAUGGCGGGAGGUUCAGAAAUCGUUCAACAAAAUCUGGCGAGAACAGAAUGAAAAGUACUACCUCAAGUCAUUGGACCAUCAGAGUCUCAUGUUCAAGCAGUUGGACGUUCGCAAUCUCCGCUCCAAAUCCUUGCUUAAUGAGAUCGAGACCCUCUACGACGAACGUCACGAGCACGAGGACAAUAACGGAGGAGUCGCCGUCCAUGGACCUCACCAAUCCCUAGAUUAUUUCGACAAACAGAUUUUCGCCGAUGCCAAUAACCUCCUUAUUCACCAUGUGAAGCGGCAGACGAGCAUUCACAAAGAAGACAAGCAGAAGAUCAAAACAUUUUUGAAACAUCACCUCAUGGACAUGUUCAAACAUCACCGCCAAGAUUUGAGCGAUGACGAAAAAGAGGACGAUGACGAAGAUCAGGACAAAGAUGAUCACGACGAGUCGGAUCGAGAAACAAGUAGUGGUUCCAAAUCAAGUCGAAGUGAGCGUGCUCGCAAGAAGAAGGAAGACGAGGAGAAAAUGAAUGUCAGCAACACUGGGGGUAGUAAUACCAGCAAUAAAGAGGCCUCCAAGAGCUCUAAGAAGGAUGUGAAGGAACUCACCGAAGCUGAUGUCAAAGUAGAAGUCCCCAAAGACGGUCGACGUACACCAUUGCAUGCACGAGACAUGGAUGCUGAUGAAUCUUAUUGCCAUAUUAUGGCCAACAACCAUUGGUACCUUUUCUUCCGCCUCCACAAUCUGCUUUGCGAGCGGCUCUUCAAAAUGUACAAGCAAGCUCUUCAAAUUGCGGCCGAAGAGGCCAAGGAGAAGAACGUGAAACAAUCCACAGCCGUGGCCUUGAGACUGAAACCCAAAAGCGAGAUUCAUCCAAAGGAUUACUAUCCGGCCUUCUUGGACAUGGUGAAAAAUGUUCUGGACGGCAACAUGGAUUCUUCAGCUUUUGAAGACACCUUGCGCGAAAUGUUUGGCAUUCAUGCUUACGUUUCCUUCACUCUCGACAAGGUUGUGGGCAAUGCAGUGCGGCAACUUCAGCAUCUCGUGACGGAGGAAUCCGCGGUGGAAUGCUAUGAUAUGUUCCUGUCAGAAAGUAAAGCGAAUGCAACGGGAGGGUUGUGUCGUGAUGCCCAUCAACGCCAGCUAUCCGAGCUUUUCUAUCAAAAGAAGGCCGAAAAACUACUCGUGGAGGAGAAUUGCGUCAAAGUAUUCAUCUAUCACAAAAAGUUGAAAAUCACGUUCGAGCUUCUCGAUACAGAAUCAGAAAGCCAAAACUCCGAGCAAGACGAAGAAUCCUCUAGGAAAUGGCAUCUUUAUGUUGAAAAGUUUAUUCAACCUGGCGAUGAGAUCUCCAACGAUUGCAAAGAGCGCCUAAGAAAAAAGCCCGUUUUCCUACCACGUGGCAUUCGAUCCUACUCCCGAACUCCAAAUGGGAGGAAGGAGAUUCAACGGAGUCAAAAUUACGCUCAAAAGCUAGGGUCUGGGAAGAAGUCCAAAGGCAUGGAGGAUGACAAAUCCGGAUCUGAUUUGGGUGGCAAUGAGAGCGAAACCAAAGAAAAUGACGCCGAGAAAGAAUCUCGUGUUGGGGGUGGUGCGGCUGUUGGUGUGGCUGCAUCAUCAUCAUCAUCCCGUCUGUCCGAUAAUGGCAUCACUCAUGUGGACAACACUCAAUGCAAGUUCAACCCUAAGACCUUUAAACGUCUCUAUGUGAUCAAUAGCGACAGUUGGUUUUAUCGAAAACUAGCCCUAAAACGAGCAAAACAGACGCACAAAAAAGUAUCACGAAGGAAGACAGAGGAUUUUAACCGAUGGCAUCUAUCAUGGGUGGCUGAUCACGUAAGCGCCAGUCAGCAAACCCGCGUCUCGGAUUGGUUCAUGGGUCAUAUCGAUGGGCUGGUCCCCAAUACAACUCACAAAGAAGUCAAAAACUAUUUGGAACGGACUCCCUACCGAGUGUUUCAUAAAUAUCACGCUGAAGUCACGGCCACACCCUCGGGCAUCCCUGCCGAAUCCUCAACCGCCGCAAGUGGAGCUUUGGGCUCGGGCUCGUCUUGUGCAGCGGAUCUGAGUACUGGUAGUCGGGGCUCGACCAAUCCUGGAGGCAAUGGGAGCAAGCCAGGAGGAACCGGCAAGAACUGAUGUCUUAUUAGCCUAGUCGUUCUACUGUCCCGGUGUGUGUCUUGAAAGAUGAACUGUGAUAAAUGACUCGAAUCCACUGUUCCCGUCCGUUCUGUUAUCGUUACCAGAUCCAUGAGAAACGGAUAGGAUAGUCCAUCAAAACGAAAGUCUCUGGCGUAUGGAACACUGAGCAAAGGAAAAAAAAAGCGAAUUAAAGAAGACUAAUAAUAUUGCUGAAUAUUUCUUUGUUCGUGGUAGAGAUUGGUGUUCUAGCUCGGUACGACAGGGCUAUUUGCUAUCAAUAUUAGUAUUGCUACCACCACUACUGUCGCAGCUAUUGCUAUUUUUCAACGCAUUGUACAUAUAAAACACUGAAAUAGACUAGAUCUCAUGAGAGCUGUAUACGUAUCUUGUGUUUUCAAUUCAUUAUUCAUGAAGUUAUCGAUUUGUCAUCGAUCCAGAUCCAAUGGACCCCUGACAACACACGCCUGACCCUCUGUUCAAAGCUCACUUGGUCUUCAUCAAGGGGUGAGCUGAAACCGAUCUCUUUGGCUAAUAGUUGAGAGUAAAAAGGAAUAUGGAAAUUCCGGAACCAACUCCUACUCAAUGUACCUCGUUGAGGAAGGGAACUGUGAUUCUGAUCGAGGAACGCCCUUGCAGAAUCACACAAUUGUCAACAGCAAAGGCGGGAAAGCAUGGCCAUUCCAAAUACUUUGUCGCAGCCCAAGAUUUGUGGUCCAAAGAGAUUAAAGAGGUGUCCUUUACCAACACGGAGCUUGUUCCUGUCCCAUCUGUGGUCCGAAAGGAACACGAGUUGAUGGAAAUCGACGAGGACAAAAAGACAGUUUCACUCCUAGAUGAAGAUACUGGUGAAGUCGACGACUCCUUUAAAUUACCCAAGAACGAGAUGGGUGAGAAUCUGUUAAAGGCAUAUAAAGACAAUGAAGCCACAUCGUUGAUUAUGUGUCAAAUCAUCUUUGUGUGUGGGAAAUCAAUGAUCGAAAGCUUCAGGAAAGUCGAUCCCUAACGUGACAAUACUCGGACUUCAAACUGUUGGGACAAUAAACUCUCUCAAAUAUGUUUUUUCUCGUGUUUUACGUCUGAUUCGCGUAUCCAACAAUUAUUUCGGGAAGGCAAUUCCUAUUUGGAUGAAUAAUGAAACCCUCAUUGUACUUUAUCUUUGCUACGUCAAUCUUGCCAAGCUAAAUGUGGGCAUUUAUUUACCCUAAUUCAUCCACACUCUCACGGACUUAUUAUACAAUCUAAUUUCCCAUUGUUAUCUAAACAAAAAGUCCCACUCGCUCUGCACCUUGCUUUCCAACAUAAUCAAUUCACAUGUCCCACUAAAGUAUAACAACAACCAACAAUAUUGGCACGUCGGUUCGAAGCGCCCCUGUCCUACCAGCUUGUCACUUCUAUGAAUGAAGUUUCUGGAUCUGAGUGUUUCUCCCUAGCUCAAAUAUUUCUAGUUGGAUUCCCUUGAAAAAACUAAUCCGUGCCUCGAUCAACGAAGAUAUGUUUGCUCAGCUCCGUUCAGAACGUACUAAAGAUGGCUUUAGAUAUCUACGUACAACGAGUAUGCAUGACUACUUGUCACCACAUUCAGGAUUCAUCAAGGACCACGGGGACCCACAUUAAUCCCCCUUCUAGGACCCGCGACACUUGGUUCCCUCACUUGAUCAGUUACGUACUUAAAGGCUGUUGCAAUUACGGAUCAUGGAUCAGUUGUGGGAAACAUCGUUGAGCAACAAGUAAUACUAUACGCCGACCAGAAACCCAAAUCCAACCUACAAUGAUGAGUCCCUCAUUGAAGCUCGUACUCGGUAGCCUACUCGUUGUGAUCCUUUGCUUGGAAUCCAGUCAGUCCGUUCCUCUCCAAAAGAGCUUCAGAUUUACGCGAUCCGCUGAUGGGCAACAAAGGCGUAUUAGAUAUGGAGAAAAACGAGAACCUAAAUUUUACACCACUCGCUUUGGCAAACGAGCACCCCCUGUUGUUCAAGGGGAGGUUCCGGAAGAAAUCGGCCAAUUCAUGGAAAGUGACAGCAAAAUGGUCUCACCCGGAGUCUUGACCUUUCCUUUAGGACGACCGCCAUCUGCAAUGUCGCGAAAUGUCGAGGGCCACGAUGAGUACGGCAUGCCUGUGUCUUGCGUCUAUUCGGGGGUGAGGACGUUUUACAUUUGUGACAAAGAUGAACCGUGGUCUACAUCUAAUGUGUAAUUUCUACGGCAAGUUCGAUCUUCUUUUGAUGAUUGUGGAAGAAGUGCCAUGAAUCUGACCUGAAUUGUCGUGGUGGCAAGAAAACCCCUUAUAUAUCUUGAAACCUAUCGAUACCUGUUUUAACCUGAAUUGAUACGCCCAUUUUUUUUUUCUUUUUGGAGUCUUGACCUUGGCGAUGGAUUCCUUUUAGAAGGGGCGGUUUUGUGGGUGACGUUUAAAAAAAGUGUUAAUUUUAAUGAGUGGAAAAUGCGAUAUGACAUGGGUUCAGUUUUCAUUAGAGACGAAUAAAUGAGCUAUAGAGCCCAA